AUGCAGUACGUGCGCAGUAUUAGCGGCUCUGUUUCCAAGACAUGGAACUCCAUCAAUCCAGCUACCCUCAGCGGGGCCAUCGAUGUGAUCGUGAUCGAACAGGAGGAUGGCACCCUCGCCUGUUCCCCGUUUCAUGUUCGAUUCGGUAAAUUUUCGCUACUUCGCCCUUACGAGAAAAAAGUAGAAUUUCGAGUAAAUGGAGUCAAGCAAGAUUAUGCCAUGAAGCUUGGGGAGGGAGGAGAAGCUUUUUUUGUUUUUGAGACUUCGGAAAAUGUCCCCGAGUCUUUACAGACCUCGCCUUUAGUUUCCCCAGUCGCAAGCCCCAAGCGUGAACUAAGUGAUAAUGGCGCCCCUCUCCAAGAACCCGACUAUCUGGACCUUGCCUUUGAUAAACAAAAUAAUGCGGAAGCACAUGACGGGGAUCAGCACCCUCCUCCCUUAAAUAUCCCCGGGACUGAGAGAGCAAAGAGUGAUAUGGGGGUCACGACGCCACUUUCGAGGUCUUCAGAGAAUGGAACUUCUCGUCCGGAGCGCACUGCACCGUGGCUAGCACCGGCCGCAACCCUAGACCGACCUAGAUCCGAGGAUUUGUCCACCGAACCGACUUCGAGGAGCCUUGGGUCACCAGUGGAAUUUGGCGCCAAGAACGCUCUUGCACCCCCUUCGCCUCCGGAUAGUAGGAGUCCUUUGUCAGAACGAUCGCGUAGCCCUCCCAACAUAAGCCCUGAAGAAGCCCUCUCGCGAGCAAUGGCGCUGUCAAGGAAGCUAUCUAUAUCUAACAUUCCGUCACAUGUAACAGAGACUGGUGAUUUAAUGUUGGACAUGACAGGAUAUAAGAGCAGUGACGAGGAUGCCCUGCGCGCUGAAGUGAUCGCCCGAAAAAUCCUUGCAGAGGAGCUCGAAGGCAAUUAUGAUAUCGGAGCAUUGAUUGGUGUUGACGAGCGAGGAAACUUAUGGAUCUAUAGCAGCGAGGAGUCUAAGGAGGCAGCAAACCGCAGAGCGUCUAUGCACCCUUCUAGGACGAUGGACGACGCGGUUUCUGACCCUGGCUACCAUAGCGAGAGUGAACAGAGUGGCAAUGAAACUCAAGCGACUCAGAGACACCAUCGUUCUCAGUCCGUUCUCCAAGGAUAUCCAACCCGACUCCAAACACUUGUCGAUGGGGAGACGGUGGAACCAAGUCGCAAUUACGCCAAGACCCUCAGACUAACAAGUGAACAACUGAAGGCGCUGAAUCUGAAACCCGGCGCCAAUGAAAUGACUUUCAGUGUCAACAAGGCUACAUGUCCUGCGGCGAUGUACUUGUGGAAUUAUAAAGUCCCCAUAGUGAUAUCUGAUAUCGAUGGGACAAUUACAAAGUCUGAUGCCCUUGGGCAUGUGCUUAACAUGAUCGGCCGCGAUUGGACUCAUCUUGGGGUCGCCAAGCUGUACACUGAUAUAGUUAGCAAUGGAUACAACUUGAUGUACCUGACUAGCAGAUCUACUGGCCAAGCGGAUACGACCCGAACAUAUCUCAGCGGCAUUGUCCAGGAAGGCUAUAAACUCCCCAAAGGCCCCGUUAUAAUGAGUCCCGAUAGAACAAUAGCCGCUCUACGGCGUGAGAUAUACCUACGAAAGCCGGAAGUGUUUAAAAUGGCUUGCCUACGCGAUAUCCUGAAUUUGUUCCAGGGACGGAAAAACCCCUUCUACGCCGGUUUCGGAAAUCGACUCACUGACGCUCUCAGUUAUCGAUCAGUGAAUAUCCCUUCGUCGAGGAUAUUUACAAUCAACUCCAACGCGGAAGUUUCACUGGACCUGCUGAGCUUGAAUAAGUAUAAGAGCAGCUACGUGACCAUGCGUGAACUUGUGGACCAUUUCUUCCCACCUGUCAGUAUGCUUGUGCAAGAAGGCGGGGAAGAUUUCACUGAUUUCACCUACUGGCGGGAAGUGCCUAGGGACCUGGAGAAUUUCUCUGCCACGGAUACCAGUGUCAGUGGUGGUGAAGACGAGGAAGUGGAUGAGGGUAGUGAAGAGGGGGACGGUGAAAGUGAAGUGUACGACAUUGAAUAUAUGGGCGUUAGCUACAUCUCGAUGGAUCACCAACAUCCUGGAGAUGGCGGGGAAGAUUUGGCAGAUUCGAUGUUGGAGGGAUUUGCGUCUGAAGAUCAGGCUGAGGCGUCAGAUUUGGAGAAUGAAGAUGGCGGCUCCGACGUUGAAAACAAGGAUCACUUCGAACUGAAUUCGGACGAGGACGAGGACGCUGACGAGGAUGGGGAUCCGGACACGGGAGGGGGAGUUAGGCUUGCUAAUUUAUCAAUUAGUGGUGGGAGACGGCACGCGGAGGUGUUACAUGCAUGA